AUGGAGAGGAGAACGGAGGUGGUGAUAAGAAAAAGAAGACGAAGAGAAAUCUGCAAGAGCCACGAAGCUCCACGGGAGAUUCCUUUUGAUCUCGUGAUCGAGAUUCUCUGGCGACUGCCGACUAAAUCCCAGAUGAGGUUCAAAUCUGUUUCAAAACUCUGGUCAUUCUUGAUUUGUUCAAAAUAUUUCACCAACCGUUUACCAGAAGUUUCAACAUCGCCACCACGCCUAUACAUGUGGCUGCGCUUUGAAGACGACAGAAAUAUGUUUCUAUCAUCGUCGUCCUCUCCUGACUCGGAUGUGCAAUCCUUUGUCAUUGACCAAGAUUUGACUGUCCCAGCGAUGCAAGGCUAUUCCUUCUCUCACGUAUUUCGCAGUUUGAUGUGCUUCACAAAGGGGCCAAGCGCGCAAAUAUAUAACACUAGCACUAGGCAGCUUGUCGUGUUACCCGACAUGUUCACGGCUGAAAAUCUCAAGUCUAGGACUACGAGGUUCGUGUUCUAUACAGGGCACGAUUCUGUUCAUGAUCAAUAUAAAGUGUUUUGUACAGUUUCAAGAAGCCGUCACAGAGUUGGAAAUAUCAGAACCUACAUAUCAGAGCAUUGGGUCUUCCUACUAGGAGGAGAUCGAUGGAGAAAGAUUCCAAGCCCAUGUCCACCACACGUUCCUUCAUCGCAACAUGGAUUGGCUUUCAAAGGGCGUAUGCAUUACAUCGCUAUGGCUCAUUUGCCUUGUCCUGUGGUUGUGAGUUUCGAUAUUUGUUCUGAGGAAUUCAGUAUGCACCAGUUACCUGAAGAUCAUGCCCUUUUUCACCCUCAUUUUACUCAUCUUAUAGAAUUCGGUGGCAGGGUAGCUGUUUUAGACCAUACUGACAUUGAAGACGAAGGUGUGAUGGAACUAUGGGUUAUGGAAGAUGCAGAGAAGAAUGUGUGGUUGAAGAAGACUUUGGGGUUGGAUUCUUCUCAAAUGCAUAUACUCAAUAUGCAUAUGGUGGAUAACAUGGGUUUGAGGGUACAAUGUACAACUAGAAACGGCACAUACUUAGUUUCUGCUGCGAGAAAAUACUCAAAUAGUGCGAUUAAGAAGAGCUACGAGUUGCUUAAAGGGAAGACGUUAAUGGCUUGUUCGAUGGUUUUCGUCUAUCAUACUCACUGUGGAUUCAUUAGUGGAGUAUUCGGUGCGUUAGUGGUUCGUGGUGGUGAAGAUUAUGGAGUUGCGUUAUUCGCACUUUAA